AGGCACGUUCACACUGCAAUACAGCAACAGGGUUGUUUGUUUUUUUUCUGGCAGGAUGUGGCAAAGGAAACCUUGACUUAACUAGGACAACAAUUCAUCUUGGACCACAUAUUUAAAACGGAGAGAACUAUACAAAUCUUUUUGGGCGUUUUUAUUAUCUCGGAGUCUUUUAUUUUAAAAGUUCUCAGCUUUGAUGGCGUGAGCCCAGUAAGCAUAGCUUAUAGAUAACAAAGCGUUUUGACUUGGGAUUUUUUUCUAUAGGAAAAGGAAAUGCCUACUGUCGGUGGGUAUAUGAGUUUUCGUUCAUCAAAGCGAUUUAAAUUGACCAGCAGCUACCCAGUAGAGAGCAGUGGUGGCGGGCUGCCAGCCAAAGUGAAGAAAAGCAGGAGCAGCUCAAGCAAUGGCAGCAUCAAGAAGGUGAAGAGCAAGAAAGACCUGAGCAUGGAGGCGUCCCAGCUCGACAUCCAGCAACAGCACAAAACCAUCACCAGACAAGCAGCCAUCAGGUCACAGACGUUUGAUGACAGCAGAGGCUUUGAGAGGACGGAGGGCACUGGCACACAAAGUAGUUUCAUAAAGCACAACAAGACAUUCCACAAGUUGUUUCCAGAAAUUUCUGAGAGUGAAGACUUGAUACACGCAUACAUCUGUGCCCUGCAGAAGGAAGUGCCCUACCAUGGUCGACUGUACAUCACUGACACCAAUGCCUGUUUCUACUCCUCAGUUCUGCUCAAGGACACUAAGUUAGUUAUUCCCGUUUCCUGCAUCCACAUAGUGAAGAAGCAGAACACAGCUUUACUGGUACCCAACGCCUUGUCGAUUCGCACCACAGAAGGAGACAAGUACCUGUUUGUGUCGCUGCGGAACAGAGAAUCAUGUUAUCAGCUGCUGCGUUCAGUAUCUCCUCAGCUAGAGGAUGGCAGCACAAACAGUAGCCCUAUCUUCUCCUCAGCUGAGAACAGCUUCGAUAAGAGCAAACUUGAGAACUCCAGCCAGUCCAGUCUGGACAACAGCUUGGACCAAUUCGAUGGCUCCGCGUCACAAUCUUUACAGGACCACCCUCUGCACAGACCACACAGAGAGGCAGUGCCUAAUGGGAAUGUCCCAGCUUUCAGGAACCUAAACAUGCAGCAGAGUGACAGCUCAUCGUUUGAGGAGCUGUCAGUAUCAGGUUCAGGUGGAUCGUGGGUUUGGAACGUAACAGAAAAGGCCAAAUCCCUGCUGGUUCAGAGAGAGGCCAACACCCUCAACACUCUACUCUUUAUUUACUUGAUUUUGGUAGUGCUGCUGCUGUUGUCUUCUGGCUAUAUUGGCUUACGUAUCGUGGCCCUGGAGGAACAGCUGACAUCUCUAGGGGCGCUGUCUGAGUUCACUUUACAGAGCGGGUACCAAGACACAUAACACUCAGUGACUGAAGGAGAGAUAGGUUGACUCAUGAUUGGAGGAUUACUUCAACCUCUUCCAGCAGAACGCAGCUGGGGAAAUUGAAUGUACUCAAGACUGUGCUCCCAACGUGGCCUGUGCUGUCGGCUAAAAGAAAAAUGGCCAACCUGUGCAAUUUUAGAGGCAACUUGUUAACUUGAAGGGCUAUACUUCCUCCUAGUAGACAAAUGGACAUGCCACGAUUUAGUUACACAGCCGAACCAAAAUCCAUACACACCCUGCCUGGUUGCAGCGUGUCUGUCGUUGAAACCAAAGCCAAACGGCUCCAAUUUAACAAUGUUCCCCGCUGGCCAGGUUGAUGGGCACUGGCCUGACAGAAACGUUUCCACAUCUGUGAAGUCACGUUAUCCAUCGUCCUUCACACAGACUCCUCUCCCUGAGCAUGCGGUCUGAACAGGGCUAUACCAAUCAGCAUUAGCCUGCUGUGGUGCUUAUUAUUGCACCUCAACACCAGAGACGUACUGCUAUGCAUAACCAAAGAUACACACAGUGCACGUCUUUAUAGCAUGGGUGCACGGGGAGGAUUUUAAAAUGACUUUCUAUCUUAUUUACCCAUCCAACAGCGGAAUUUACAAAUCUGUCUUUGUCCUUAAAUUCUGUCGGGUACUGCUCUCCGAAUGGUUCUCAUCUUUCUAAUCAGGUGUGGGUUGAAAUGAUGAAGCUGAAACCUCAACAUCAGAUCAGCCCAUGGAGGUGUGAUACUCUCCUGAUGGUCUUAGCCUUUCUCUCUUUCGCCAAUCAGCAAUGAUUGCAGUAUUACUUUCCUCGUCUUUGGCGCGAUUUAACCCCGUUGAUCACUGUUCAGAGGUUAUUUCCCCUGCAGUCUCUACUGUGGAUGAAUGCAUCAUCAAUGCACAAAUAUGUGAUACAAUAGGACACGAGGAGGUUGUUUUAGAGGCAUCGAUAUGUUUUUGUGUAUGGCUUUUCUACUUUGGUCUUCAAGAGUCAGUUUCAGACGUCUGAUGUACUGUCUACCAGUCUGACCACGUUUCUCUGACAGGCCUCUUGAAGACCAAGUGACAUUUCUCAAAUUUUCAGGUUAUUUCAAGUAGCACCAAUAAUGUAUUUCUAAUGUUCAUGAAUGCGUCGAUAUCGACACUCCUGACUGAUACUGUAUAUGCGUUCUCACUCUUGUCACCUGAGGAGAAUUUGCAGCCACACUUGCUGUAAGGUCCCUCGUUUUCAACAGCAAAAACAAGUGGUCCCAAGACGAAAUUUCAAUAUGCAACAAAUUAUUAUGCAUGGCAAAAUGUAAUUUAUCUUUGUGUGCCGUUUUUAAUGGAGCUUGGUGUUUGUGGGUAAGAAAUUGUGUAAGAAAAAAAGCAAAACAAAAAGAUUUGAGUGAAAGGAGCAGCUCAAUCGAGCGAGCGCACUUUAAAAAAAAAAGAAGUGUUGUGCCUGUCACAAUCGGGACUGAGAAGAAAUGUCAAAGCUGGCAUUUUGUGGUAUCUGACGGUGCUAAGACCUUUUU